AUGUCAAAUGAAGUAAUUCAAGUUAAUGACGUGUCUCGAAAACUUCACCAAGAGUAUGCACUCUUGUUAGAAAAAUUGCACAUGCUUCAGUCUGCGUGGCACAAAGCAACCAUACGAAAAGGAGUUUUAGAGGCAUCUUUCGCAUCUACAGCAUCAUAUGGAGACGUUUUGGAACCUAUUCGACAACGUUUAUCCGAAUUACAGAGUGAACAUGCAGUGCUCAGCCAACAGAACGUUUUCCUGCAUUCGCAGGUUAAAAAUGCAAAAGAGCUUUACAAGCGCGCUUGUGAAGAGUCUUCAAGUCUUUCUAGUACUGUAUGCAGCGAAAAGGAACUUCUUGAGGAAGAAUAUUUGCAAGUUAUGCGCUUAAUUGAUCAGUUUGAUCCUGAACUUCAAGAAGAUGCUCCGUUAGUGAAAGCGGCAUUAGCAGAGCAACGUGUAGAGCUUCGAGUGCUACAGGAUGCGUUAGAUGUUGUUAAACAAUCUAUGGAAUCUGAUUCUAUUGGUGAGGUGUUAAAGAGCUCUUCUAUUUUUUUCGCGAGCUCUUCACCUACGGUGGAGGUCCCGAUAGAAGAUAUCUCUCUUCCGGUGACGCGAGGGAGACUUCGACUACUGACGGGUCCAUCGGGUGAUGGUCUCCAGCAACUUAGGGAUCGUCAUAGAGUCUCAGUGUUUAUCGUAAGUUCAAAUGAUCAAGUGUCAGUUCGUGUCCGAGGACAUCGCUCAGGUGUGGAAAACUGUGUGUCUGAUAUUCGUCGUAUAUUGUCUCUAUAA